AUGAUAGGAGCAAAUCAGCGAUUUACAAAGAGUGCUACAUUCCUAUUAAUCCUCACAACAAGGAUUAAAGACGAUACUGAGAUUCCAACGAAACUUACGUCUUGGUGCAGAAGGAACAGCUCUCAAGUUUUGGAUCUGAACGGUAAUCAAGUAUCACAGCGUUCUAGUAUUGACGAUGUCACAACAUUUUACUCCAAAAUGAAGAUAUGUCUAAGACAAGCGGGUGGAUAG